AUGGAUUACAACGAUUGGUUACCAGUGACAGCGUCUAGAGAGGCCAAGUGGUAUUACUCCGCCUUCCACAAUGUCACGGCCAUGGUCGGCGCCGGAGUUCUCGGCCUCCCUUUCGCCAUGUCACAACUUGGCUGGGGACCUGGACUAGUUGCAAUAAUGCUAUCAUGGGCUAUAACGUUCUAUUCGUUGUGGCAAAUGGUUGAGUUACACGAAGCCGUUCCCGGUAAACGGUUAGACCGUUACCCUGAGCUAGGCCAAGAAGCGUUCGGACCAAGACUAGGUUACUGGAUCGUCUUGCCGCAACAGCUUCUUGUCCAGAUCGCUUCCGACAUUGUCUACAACGUGACCGGAGGCAAAUCUUUCAAGAAAUUCAUCGAGCUUCUCUGGCCUAAUCUCCACCAUAUCCGUCAGACUUAUUACAUCCUCGGAUUCGCCGCGAUCCAAGUCGUUCUCUCUCAAUCUCCUGAUUUCAACUCUAUCAAAGUCGUCUCUCUCCUCGCUGCUCUCAUUUAUUCAAUGAUAGCUUCCGUAGCGUCAAUAGUGAAAGGAACGCAGCACCGUCCAUCAGAAUACGGAGUAAGAGGAGACACGAUGGCUGCAAUGGUCUUCGAUGCGUUUAACGGCAUUGGAACCAUAGCGUUUGCGUUUGCAGGACACAGUGUGGUCCUUGAGAUACAAGCUACUAUACCUUCAACACCUGAAGUGCCUUCCAAGAAACCAAUGUGGAAAGGAGUUGUGGUCGCUUACUUAAUCGUCAUCGUUUGUUACCUUUGUGUGGCGAUCUCAGGUUUCUGGGCUUUUGGUGAUCUUGUUGAGGAUGAUGUUCUCAUUUCCCUUGAGAGACCUGCUUGGCUUAUAGCUGCUGCUAAUCUCAUGGUCUUUAUCCAUGUCAUUGGAAGUUAUCAGGUUUUCGCAAUGUCGGUGUUUGACACGAUCGAGUCGUAUUUGGUGAAAAACCUGAAAUUUACUCCUUCCACAACACUGCGUUUAGCUGCACGUAGCACAUACGUUGGUUAG